CCACUGCGCGCGCGCACAGGGUGGCGCGCGGGGCGGGACCUCUCACCUAAUCACCGCCCUCCCUGGCAGGGGGAGAGGAGGCAGCCUCUCGAUUGGCCAGCCGCUGUCACCUGGCCACGCGUGUCCCCGGUUUCCCUCAGGCGGGCGCCCGCCAGCCUCCCCACGCGUGAGGGGUGGCCGCCCCGGCGCGGUACUGCCCUCGCGGGAGUGCCCGGGAGAGGCAAGGAGGGGCGUGGCGUGGCUGCCCGCCCGCGGGGGGUCGCGUCAUGGCGGAGAGCGGCGCCUGGCUGUUGGUGCUGAGCUCUGUCUUCCUCUGCAACGCUCUCAAGAUCCUCUUGCCCUCCUGUUCCUCCAUUAUAUCCAGAUUGUUACAAAAGGAUGCAGAGCAGGAGUCCCAAAUGAGAGCUGAAAUUCAGAGCAUGAAGCAAGAGCUAUCAACCAUUAGUAUGAUGGAUGAGUUCGCUAGAUAUGCCCGCCUGGAAAGAAAGAUUAACAAAAUGACUGACAAGCUUAAAACUCACGUGAAAGCACGUACUGCCCAAUUAGCCAAAAUAAAGUGGGUUAUAAAUAUUGUAUUCUACAUCUUACAAGCUGCUUUGAUGAUCUCUCUGAUUUGGAAAUACUAUUCUGAGCCAGUUACAGUGCUUCCAAGCAAAUGGCUUGCUCCACUGGAGCGCUUGGUAGCCUUUCCUACUGGGGUGGCAGGUGGUGUUGGCAUUACAUGUUGGCUUGUGGUUUGUAAUAAAGUUGUAGCUAUCAUGCUACACCCUUUCAGCUGAAGGAAACGUAGUAGUCCAUGGAGUCCUCAACUGUGUUUUAAUUGUCACUAUCUAAAAUUAAUUUGAAAAAAACCAACAAAGAAAGAAGUUGUCUUUCAUGAUCUUUGUUACUUACGUCAGUAUCCUUUUGGAUUUAUUUUAUCUUCCAUUAGUUUGUUUUCCAAUUUGGUUUUCAAACAGCAGCAUUGCUGUUUAUAGAGCCUCAUUUUGUGUCUGUUUUGACGAGGAUGAACACUGAUUGACAGCAGAAGCACGAGACUUUUGUCAUGCUGUAUAUUUACCAAAAUCCAGAAGUAUUGGAUUUGUAUUUUUAAGUUGGAAGUACCCCAGCAUUAGGAAUUAAUUAGGGACUUCUGCUGUUUCUUUACUGUGUGAUAUGGUUGUUUCACCCAAAGAUGGGAUUAUACUUCACGACAAGUGGAGGCAGGUGGUUUGGGUAGCUUAGAGUAAAGCAGACUUAGGCUUCUCCUAGUUAUUUUUUUAGACUAUAAUGUAUUCCUGGGCUGCCUUAGAUGAUAUGUUAUUGAUAAAUACACAGAUUCAACUUUUUAUUGCAUAAGAAACUCAUUUUUUUAUCAAAUACAGGACAGAGAGAUACGUUUUCCUUCCUGAUUUUUAAGAUUACUUGAACUCUUGGAUUUUUUUCCUACUGUUACUGAUAACUGACCUUUCCUUCCUUGAUUUUUUACCUGCUUCCCAAACUGCGAGAGGAUCAGUUUUCAUCUGUGUUUUGGGAGGAAAGGUCUGGCCAACAUUCUCGAGGUCCAUGUUAAUAAAAUAGAAGACAGUGACAUUCCUUCAAAGGACUACAUUUCUAAGGGCUUUAGCAUACAUUAAUGACAGUCCAGCUAUGUAAAUGUAAAAAAGGCAAAUAAGUGAUCUAAAUGCCUAAAGCAGUAACAGAAUAGGAGCAAGCAGGGGGAGAAGGGAAAAUAAUUAGGUACAGGAAACAGCCAUAAUGUUUUGAAUUUAGAAGAGGACAGAAAUCUUCCUAGAUUUCUUCUUAGUGCCUGCAGAACAGUGACAAAGUUGUAUUCUCUUCUGUGAUCUGCAGCCUUGUCAUUGAUGCCCCAUCACACAAAUGGACAGGUUUAUAAAACUACUGUUCCAGAUAUCUUUGAGGGUUUUGAUACAAGCCUAAACAAACCUCUAGUGGACACCUUUCCCUCUUCUGUUUGGCUUCCAUCAUUCUGGUUCAGCUUCCAGUUCUGCAGUUGAAUGCAUCUGUUAUUUCAGAUCCUUUGCCCAUCCUGCAGGAAGGAAGGGGCCAGGGCCCCUCUAUAAUUAGCACUGCAUGUAGAAAUAAUUUCAAAGUAUUGUGUAUAUAAGCAUGAAAUAUUUGGAGUUUUUUUAAUGUUAAUUUUAAAAUGUUUUAUUGACUACAUUUAGUCAACAUGAAAGUAGAUGCACUAUAUGUAAUAAGUUGUGAUUGAAUGCUAUGUGUAAUUGUGGUUUUAUUAAUGAAAUAAAGCUUUUCAAUCCAC